AUGUCGUUUUGCAUAGCUAUCCUAUACCUAUACAUUCUCUACGUCUCUCAACCAGAAGGAUUUGUCGACCCUGAUCAUCCUACCUACGUUUGCAAGUUGAACAAGGCGCUGUAUGGGCUUAAACAAGCACCACGUGCGUGGUAUCUUGAGCUCAAACAAUACCUUGUAAGUGCUGGUUUUCGAAACUCUCUCUCUGACACGUCCUUGUUUGUUCUUCGCCGUGAUAAACUCUUGCUCUAUGUCCUCGUCUAUGUUGACGAUAUCAUCGUCACUGGCAACAAUGCAGAAAUGGUUGAACAAAUUCUCACUAACCUUGGCGAUCACUUCUCGGUCAAGGACAUGGGUUAUGUCUCUUAUUUUUUAGGCAUUGAAGCAAUCCGUACGAAGUAUGGUUUACACCUUAAUCAACGCAAGUAUGUGUUAGAUUUGUUGGUCAAAAUGAAAAUGCAGGAUGCAAAACCAGUAGCUACACCAAUGGUCACGACCCCGAAGCUCACAUUGGCUGGUAAACAACAUUCAGAUCCCACUGAGUAUCGCACAUUAGUUGGCAGUCUCCAAUACCUCUCGUUCACCAGACCGGACAUUGCGUACGCCGUUAAUCGCCUCUCGCAGUUUAUGCACACACCCACGUCGGAGCAUUGGCAAGCAGCAAAACGUGUACUACGCUAUCUUGCCGGUACAAGUUCUUACGGUCUGUUUUUCAAGAAGGGCAAUCCUCUCACACUCCACUGUUUCUCCGAUGCUGACUGGGCAGGUGAUGUUUCUGAUUGUGUCUCAACUAAUGCUUAUAUCAUUUAUCUCGGUGGUCAGCCUAUCUCUUGGUCUGCUAAGAAACAGAAGGGUGUUGCGAGAUCAUCUACUGAAGCUGAGUAUAGAGCUGUUGCCAAUGCCGCUUCUGAACUCAUGUGGAUAUGUUCUCUCCUCUCUGAACUUGGACUCUCACGAACUGCCUCACCUACCAUCUACUGUGAUAAUAUUGGUGCCACCUACCUAUGUGCUAACCCAGUUUUCCACUCCCGCAUGAAACACAUCGCCAUUGACUAUCACUUUAUUCGUGAACUCGUCAGCAGUGGGAAACUUCGAGUCGCUCAUGUUUCCACCAAGGACCAGCUUGCUGAUGCACUUACGAAGCCUCUCCCACGUACAACGUAUCAGUAUCUGCGCAACAAGAUUGGAGUCACCUUAGUCCCUCCAUCUUGA